AUGUCCGAAAAAGUGGAAGCAUAUCUUGCCAAAAAUAAAAAGGCAGCUAAAGAUGAUGUAGCUGACAUAUGGUUGAAAUUCGAGCAGCUUUAUGCAAGAAAACUGUGGCAUCAACUGACUCAGGAAGUGCGUGCUGCUCAAGCAAAUCCAGCCUUUACUGCAAAUCUCAAUCAGAAAGAGUUCUAUGAUGGGUUUAUAUCAGAAUUCGAACAUCGUAUCAAUGCUCUACAACUUGUGGAAAUCGUCUUACCUAUCGCAAAGUUUAUUUUUGAUCAAAAUAAAGAAAAUGCAUAUGAGUUUCUUGCCAAAAUCGAAAAGACCGUCAAUAAGGAUAAGGUUGCGCUUGCGCGUGUCCAUGCAGGUCAAAUUGACCUACGUCUCAACCACAAGGAUGCAGGAGAUCGACUGGUGGAUAUCAAGAAAGUCAGGGACAUGAUCGAAUCAACUCAGAAGGAAAUAGAAAGCUUUGUUGGGGUCACUGAAGCUCAUGCCCCUUUUUACAAAGUCAGCGCUAUGUACCUGAAAGAAGUUGGCGAUUUUGCUGGAUACUACCGUGAAGCGCUAAGAUAUCUUGGUGUGGAGGACAUUAAUAAGAUGACCCCGGAAGAAAGACAUGUGCAGCUUGCCCAUCCUAUUCUCAAAGCACUUGAAGGCUCUGGCGAAAAAUGGCUUUCCGAAGUGUUGUACGCAUUCAACUGUGGUGAUCUCAACAAGUUUUAUUCUCUGGAAAAAUACUGGUCUGAAUGGGAUGAUCUUAAGCGUAAAAAGGAUUUUUUGGUUGGAAAGAUCCGGCUACUAGCGAUUAUGGAGGUAUUUUUUCUUUAA